AUGACUUCAAAUAUUCUGAUUGAUUUGAACAAACCUCUUUACGAGGUACAAGAUGCAGUACCGAGAUCUUCAGAGAACAUUAUAAUCGAGCUAAAUGUCGACGACAACCCGGAAUUUGGAUACCCUGUUAUCGAGCUCGACUUAAAUCAAUUUUUCGAAGAUGAUGACGAUGCAAGGUCCGAUUCAUCUGUGGAAGAGAUAACUGGCCAGCAGGCCAAUGACGGAGAAGGAAAUAGAAACAUAGAAGGGGUACUUGAAGGGCACGUAAUAUCGGGUGGAGAAGGAAAUUUCAAUGAAUUUGAUGGCGGGAAUGGUGAAGCAGGGGAAACAAGCCAAGGCAAUGUUCAAAAGAGAAAGAACAGGAUCCUAACUGACGUUGAACGGUGGGCAGUAACGGUUCGAUUGGAGAUAGAUUGGAAGAAAAUUAGUGAUGUCUAUGAAAAAUGA